GGCGCUGUGAAGGUUGAACCUGUUCUUGACAAUCCCGGCGACUGGAUGUGGUGGAGCCCUGUGGAAGGCACAGAAGGUGGGAAUAGAGGCUUCGUGGACCGAGUUGAGGAACAACUGGAGCAUGGCUACAUCCCUGAGGUUCGUAUGGUAGUAGACGAUGAUGAUGAUACACAACUAAAUGUAACAGCUCAAUCUGAAAUAAGCACCACAGCAAUAGCACCACGGCAGAGGAAACAGUUCAUGCAAGCCGGAGGGAUAAGGUCAUCCGUUUUCAAUCUCACAACGGCCACCUUGGGUGCAGGAGCUUUGUCUCUUCCCUACGCCUUCCGCAACUCUGGCUAUCUUGUUGCUUCUCUCUGCCUACUUGUUUGUGGCUCCCUCUCCGUUACGACAAUCGGAUACAUUCAGGUGGGUCUCCAAGGUCUUCCUCAGAGCUCUGGAGGCUUGUGUAUAUCUCAGGAUUGCAUGGAUGUCUCAAGAUGCCAGACCUUUGAAAAGCUGGCUUUUAGUUGUAGUUCUAAUCCAGCUCGAGGACGGAGGCAAGAUACCAUGUCUGUGUAG